AUGCCAAGAAAGCAUCAAGUCCAUACGCUAGUGGAUCUAGCAUUGUAUUCCAUUGGGGAAUUUGUAACUACUUUUGGUAGAUACUUAACAAAACAUGUUUGUAAGAUGUCCAAAGGCAAUGCACAAUAUGGGCUUACUAAGAUACCUUUAAUGUUAGAAUAUAUGAAACAUUUAUUGAGUUUCAAUGUACCUCGACAUUUGUAUGAUAAGAUGUCCAGAGCAGUCUUAACUGCAAUUGUUAAGCUAGUUAAAGAAACUAGAGGCACAUAUACUGAUUAUGCUUUAUCAAAAGCAUUUUGGUCAGAAAUGACAAUUGCUCUUCGUUUAACAGAAGUGGCUAUAGAUACACAAUUAAAAACAAUUGAAUUUUCUGCUUGGCCUAAAAUCAUGCGUCAUGUUCUUUAUAAUAAAUUACCUGACAUGACUGGACUUGAAGUUUUGGAUUUAGGUUCAGGUUCAGCUGGUUGGAGAACAUCUGACAUUGAAAAAGUUAUUAUUACUGGAGUUUCUUCUAUGCCAAAUUUAGUAUGUUUUACUUUAUGCUUUGAUUGUACAGAUAACAUCAUAGCAGCUCUAGCUCAGAACUGUAAAAAAUUGCAGAAGUUAGAUGUGACUGCAUCUAGAUCUGUAACAGAACGCAGUGUAAUUCCUUUACUAUCAUGCAAAUAUUUAAAGCAAAUUAUAUUGUGUAGAACUUCUAUGUCUAUACCUGGUUAUGCAAAUCUGUUUUUAGAACAUUUAAAUAUAGAAGAUAUUGGCAGAUGUGAUGAAUUUGGAUAUAUUUUAGAAUAUAUUCAACAAAGUGAAAUUGAUACUACAACUUCUUUUCACAUAAGAACAUUUGAGAGCCGAAAUUUCAAUCUGGAACAUUUAUACCUUUUAGUUGACAUGUGCCCAUAUAUUACAAGUCUUUGUUUACUACGUGAUGAAAGAAUUAUUGAUUUAACAAUUUUAGCUACUCUUGAUUAUUUAAAAGAAUUAAAACUUCUAUCUUGUGAUUUUUAUACCCAUGGAAUAAAUACAUUAUUAGAAAUAAAAGGUCAAACAAUUACAAAUCUACAUUUGGAGCAUGUAGAUGAAAUUGAUUUGAAUGCACUUAUAUGUAUAAGUCAAUAUUGCCCAGAUUUAAAUAGUCUAGUCUUUUACAACUGUGAAUUUUCACAAGAUGUACUAUAUUAUCCAAGAAAAUUCACGAUUCCUCCAUUUCAGUGUUUAGAAAAAAUCAAAUGUGUAAUAGAAUGUGCAAAUGUGCACCUAGAAUUUUUACUCUCACAUUGUAAAAAUAUUAAGUUCAUUCAAUUGGGUUCAUCAACUGGUAUUGGAGAUGAAACAAUAAGAAAAAUAUUUAUGCACAACCAAAUGCGUAAAUUAGAAGAGCUUAAAAUAUUAUUUAGUCAUGAUUUAUCAAUGAACACUAUACAGUUAUUAAUGCAUCAUUGUGAUAAUUUACAUCGUUUAUCAGAAUUAGAAAAUUGGUCAAAAAUAUCACCUACAGAAUUGAGCAUUUUUAGAGAAGAGUUAAAAAAUACUAAUACAAAGUUGGAUAUCAGCCCAAGCCUGUCUUUUGCAUAA